GCCGCCAUGCUUUUGCGGGGCGGUCCCCACCUGUCAUCUUCGUGCGUGGCUCUGACCCUAUCCCUAGGACUGUUAGAAGACAUUCCGCUGUCAACAUGGUUGUGUGUUGCCACCACUCUGAGAGCAGCGCUCAAGGACACCAGAAGGACUGAGAGGGGCGCACACCACUGCUUCCAACAGUUUGGACGGCUUAUGGACGUGGGAGAGGGCGAGCUGGACGGCAGCCUCCGUCUUGUUCCUCUUCUGGGGUUCCGCCACCUCGCGGCGUCCCCAACCGCUAACUGCGCCCCGCUUCUGCCCGCGGCCCCGCCCCGCGCUCGCGGCUAGCCGCCCUGACCGGCAGCUGGCUCGAGGCCCCCCCCCAGGAGGCCGCCUCCCCCAGGCCGCCCGCCCGGCCCGGUGGGUGGCCGCGGGGCCGCCUCUGCCGGUCGUGAUUCGACGACCUUGGCCCGGAGGCUCUAGCGGGGACCCACCCCCGGCGGCGGCGGCGCGGACUUCGCCCAGCGCGGGGAACGGAGCGGAAGGUGUGUCCGCCGACGGGCCGCAGAGAUGUUGGCCUUCGCUGCCAGGACCAUGCCCGGGCAAGUGGCUGCCUCUUGCUAGGUUCUGCUCACCCACUUGGUAGCACAGUUAGGCUUAGAGAUCCAGCCCAAGGCAGACAGACAGGGCUCAGAACCUCAGUCCUGCCAUGGAGGACGGGCAGCAGAAAGAGAAGGUGAAGCCCCUGGGCUUCCUCAAGCGCCCCUCCUUGACGACGGUUUCCAGUCGCUUUAAGAUGCACCAGGACUCGCUACCCCGGCUGCCUGUGCCCCCGCUCCAGCAGACCCUGGACCAUUAUCUCAAGGCGCUGCAGCCCAUCGUGAGCGAGGAGGAGUGGGCCCAAACCAAGCAGCUGGUGGAAGAGUUUCAGACGGCAGGGGGCGUAGGGGAGCGCCUGCAGAAGGGGCUGGAGCGCAGGGCCAGGAAGAUGGAGAACUGGCUAUCCGACUGGUGGCUGAAAACAGCCUAUCUGCAGUACCGCCAGCCCCUGGCCAUCUGCUCCAGCCCUGGUGUGGCACUGCCCAGGCAGGGCUUCGUGGACCGGCAGGGCCAGCUCCGGUUCGCUGCCAAGUUAAUCGAGGGUGUUUUGGAUUUCAAGGCCAUGAUUGAUAAUGAGACCCUGCCCAUGGAGUACCUGGGGGGAAGGCCACUGUGCAUGAACCAGUACUACCAGAUCCUGUCCUCCUGCCGCAUACCGGGCCCAAAGCAGGAUUCAGUCACCAACUUCAGCAAGACCAAGAAGCCGCCCAUGCACAUCACCGUGGUGCACAACUACCAGUUUUUUGAACUGGAUGUGUACCACAGCGAUGGGACGCCCCUGACCUCGGAUCAGAUCUUUAUGCAGCUGGAGAAGAUCUGGAACUCGUCGCUGCAAACCAACAAAGAGCCCGUGGGCAUCCUCACCUCCAACCACCGCAACUCCUGGGCCAAGGCAUACAGCACCCUCAUCAAAGACAAGGUGAACCGGGAGUCAGUGCGCUCCAUCCAGAAGAGCAUCUUUACCGUAUGCCUGGACGCACCCACACCUCGGGUCUCGGAAGACAUGUACCGCAGCCAGGUGGCUGGCCAGAUGCUGCACGGGGGUGGCGGCAAGCUCAACAGUGGCAACCGCUGGUUUGACAAGACGCUACAGUUCAUCGUGGCAGAAGAUGGCUCCUUUGGGCUCGUUUAUGAGCAUGCAGCAGCAGAGGGACCCCCCAUCGUCGCCCUUGUGGACCACGUCAUUGAGUUCACGAAGAAGCCCGAGCUCGUGCGGUCUCCCAUGGUGCCUCUGCCCAUGCCCAAGAAGCUGCGGUUCAACAUCACCCCCGAGAUCAAGAGUGACAUUGAGAAGGCCAAGCAGAAUCUCAGCAUCAUGAUCCAGGACCUGGACAUCACGGUGUUAGUGUUCCACCACUUUGGAAAGGACUUUCCCAAGUCGGAGAAGCUGAGCCCAGAUGCCUUCAUCCAGAUGGCACUACAGCUGGCCUACUACAGGAUCUACGGGCAGGCGUGCGCCACCUACGAAAGCGCCUCUCUGCGCAUGUUUCACCUGGGCCGUACCGACACCAUCCGCUCGGCCUCCAUGGACUCACUGACCUUCGUCAAGGCCAUGGAUGACCCUGAUGUGACGGAGCACCAGAAGGUGGAGCUGCUGCGGAAGGCCGUGCAGGCCCACCGAGCCUACACCGACCGGGCCAUCCGUGGGGAGGCCAUUGACCGGCACCUGCUGGGCCUGAAGUUGCAGGCCAUCGAAGACCUGGUGAGCAUGCCCGACAUCUUCAUGGACACCUCCUACGCCAUCGCCAUGCACUUCAACCUCUCCACCAGCCAGGUUCCCGCCAAGACAGACUGUGUCAUGUGCUUUGGGCCCGUAGUCCCAGAUGGCUAUGGUGUCUGCUAUAACCCCAUGGAGGCGCACAUCAACUUCUCCGUGUCGGCCUACAACAGCUGUGCGGAGACCAACGCGGUCCACCUGGCGCACUACCUGGAGAAGGCGCUCCUGGACAUGCGCACUCUGCUGCAGAGCCACCCCCGGGCCAAGCUCUGAGCCCUGCCGCGCGGGCCUCUGCCGCUGCCACAGCCAAGCCGCUCGGGCUGGGCCGCCCUCCCAGCUUCACUCCUUCGCUCCCCCUCCCUCUGGCCCCCGCACACCUGACCGAGUCAGGGGUGGCAUCCCCCAGUGGAGCCUUCAGGGCUGAGCCGAGUGCCUUCCACGGGUCCUCACCAGCACCCAGGCUGAGUCCAGAAGCUGAGCAGGAGAUCAGCCCAGGGGCCCAGCAUCUCACCGCCGCGGCCUCCUCCUGGGAAAGGAACCAGCCGAGCCCAUCCCUUGUCAGGGUGGGGACUGGGAAGUCCCUUUCCCACUAGCUCAGCCCCGUUCCUGCCAUGUGCAUGGCCAGGCAGGGGUCUGUACCCUGAUCCCUAAGCUCCCAGGGACCUAGAGACAGGAUUACCUGGAGCUGGGGGCCUCUAGGCCUCCCCAGGGCUGAGGGGCCAGGGCGUGAGGUGUGCUGGUGGAGGGGAAGCCCACCCUGUGUCCCAGCACCGGCCCCCGUGGCUCCGCGCUCUUCUGGAUGAGGCGGGUCACAGGGCCCAGCUCUCUUGCUUCCACGCAGCUUGAUUCCUGAAUCACGUCCUGGUUGUAUAAUGGUAACGUGAGGCAGUUAAUAAAGAGGAAAUUUGUUGG